CGGUGUUGCGCAUGCGCACUGCACCCGCCCGGCGGGGGAAGAGGAAGUGAUGCAAUCACACCGGGCAGCGGAAGCUGGGGCCGCCAUCUUUGUUGGGGCCCGAUGCCGGCGGAGAAGAUGGCGCUGGACGGGCCCGAGCAGAUGGAGAUGGACGAUGGGAAGGGCGGCUCGGGGCUCCGGCAGUAUUACCUGUCCAAGAUCGAGGAGCUGCAGCUCAUCGUGAACGAGAAGAGCCAGAACCUGCGGCGGCUGCAGGCACAGAGGAACGAGCUCAACGCCAAGGUGCGGCUGCUGCGGGAGGAGCUGCAGCUGCUGCAGGAGCAGGGAUCCUAUGUGGGAGAGGUGGUGAGAGCCAUGGACAAGAAGAAGGUGCUGGUCAAGGUGCACCCAGAGGGGAAGUUUGUGGUGGAUGUGGACAAGAACAUCGACAUCAAUGAUGUGACCCCCAACUGCCGCGUGGCCCUGCGCAACGACAGCUACACCCUGCACAAGAUCCUGCCCAACAAGGUGGACCCGCUCGUGUCCCUGAUGAUGGUGGAGAAGGUCCCGGACUCCACCUACGAGAUGAUCGGGGGCCUGGACAAGCAGAUCAAGGAGAUCAAGGAGGUCAUCGAGCUGCCCGUGAAGCACCCGGAGCUCUUUGAGGCGCUGGGCAUCGCCCAGCCCAAGGGGGUGCUGCUCUACGGCCCCCCCGGCACGGGGAAGACGCUGCUGGCCAGGGCCGUGGCCCAUCACACCGACUGCACCUUCAUCCGCGUGUCCGGCUCCGAGCUCGUGCAGAAAUUCAUCGGGGAAGGGGCCCGCAUGGUGCGGGAGCUGUUUGUGAUGGCCCGGGAACACGCGCCCUCCAUCAUCUUCAUGGACGAGAUCGACUCCAUCGGCUCGUCCCGCCUGGAGGGUGGCUCGGGCGGGGACAGCGAGGUGCAGCGCACGAUGCUCGAGCUCCUCAACCAGCUGGACGGCUUCGAGGCCACCAAGAACAUCAAGGUGAUUAUGGCCACCAACAGGAUCGACAUCCUGGACUCAGCCCUGCUGCGCCCCGGCCGCAUCGACAGGAAAAUCGAGUUCCCCCCUCCCAACGAGGAGGCCCGCCUGGACAUCCUCAAGAUCCACUCCCGGAAGAUGAAUCUGACCCGGGGCAUCAACCUGCGGAAAAUCGCGGAGCUGAUGCCAGGGGCCUCAGGGGCUGAGGUGAAGGGUGUGUGCACAGAGGCCGGGAUGUACGCGCUGAGGGAGAGGAGGGUGCACGUCACACAGGAGGACUUCGAGAUGGCCGUGGCCAAGGUGAUGCAGAAGGACAGUGAGAAGAACAUGUCUAUCAAGAAGCUGUGGAAGUAACGGUGAGGCCGGAGCUGCUCCCUCUGUGCUGUCAAUAAAGUGCUGCUGUGGCCAGGC